AAGUUCACCUAAACCCAAGCCAAAGUUAAACCUAAACCUAAAAGGUUGGAAACUGCCGAAACUUGUCUCAGAACGUCAUUCAUCUUAACGCUACACUGUACUCGUUCUCUACCGCUUCCUCCCACGUGAAGGAUUUCAAGUGGCACUGAUCAGUCGCUGUGUUUGCGCAGCAUUAUAAAAGGCCUGUGACAUGUCAGUGCAACCUUUGGAUUCCCAGACAACAUUUCUUCUUUUUGUCGUCGUUGAGAAAAUGGAAGUUGGCCUUGGACGGAAGAUACCUGUAAAAAUGAGAGAUUCCUUUGGGAUCCAGUUCAUCCUUCUUGUGCUCGUCUGUCUCUGCGGUGUCUACAGUACCAACGUCACCAUUCAGUCUAAUCCACCAAGCGAUGGAGGAUUUGUUCAGACCAAUCCCGAGCAAACGGUGUCUCUGACGUGCGCGGUCGAGAACUCUGCUGCGGCAGAAGAACUGCAGUGGUUACGAAACGGCCAAGCGGUGAGCCUGAACGAUGGAAACCGCUUAAACACGAGCCACGUGUGUGUGCAGCCCGUAACCAGAAAUGAUAACGAAGUCAUCUUCACCUGCCAGCUGAAGUCUAAUGCUAAAGUGAAAGCUUCAGUCCAACUACAUGUUCACUAUCCCCCAACCGUAGGUGACGACGAGGAACUGCAGGUUGAGGAGAAAAGUGACGCCGUUCUGUCCUGUGAUGUUCGCGCGUCUCCUCCGGUAACUGUAGCUUGGAUGAAGGACGAUAAGCUUCUGGACCUUUCUUCUAGCAGCUACAAGACAAGCAACAACGGUUUUACGGCUACGCUUUCCAUUUCAAACGUUAAACGAGACGCGCACCAGGGUGUGUACGACUGCGAGACCAACUCGAGCGUCUAUGGAGUCACGAGAAAGAGCUUCAGUGUCACCGUCAUAGACCGAGUGAUGAAGUUCCCUCUUGGGCCUGCGAUCACUGGUGUGGUGGUCGUACUCUUUACAAUCCUGCUGGCUGUCAUUUCCCGAUGGGAGAAGAUUAGGAAGUGCUUUAAAAAAGACUGACGCUCCAUCAAGUGGGCCAUCGUGUGCAACCCAUUCCAGCCAAAUGCACUGUACUGAGACCAACAAAGAGGACAUGCCGUAUAUGAACCAAACACUUCAGUGUUCUGCUUAAUUAAAAUCUUUCCUUAAAAUA